CACGUGAUUGGUUCAAAACAUAUUUAUAACAUUAACACCUGCAUCGAUGAAUUACUGCAGUUUCAUUUAUAUUCAUAAACUUUAUAAAAAAGUUGAUUAAAGGUUAGGCUGUCUUCAGCCAUCUGGUCAGAUAUAUCCUCCGAAUCUCCCAAGGAAAGUUGAUAGUUUUCUAGCCUUGUUUUUGAUUUGAACUAUUUGAGCAUGCUAAAAAUGCCUUACAGUGCAGUGGAAAUUCAUUCGAGUGUUCAAUCUUUCUCAAGGAAUCUCCUUGAAAGCUCUGGAUGGGAUUUUACAUCUUACUUUUCUUUCGGUCUGUUCGGCUUAACUCUUUUAGUAGGAGUUAGUUUGAACAUCUUGUACUUAUGGUGGUCGAGAUAUCGCGCCAGUUCUAAGGGCUGUAACCGUGGCAAUGCAUUUCUGCAAAGCAUUGCCAUUGCUAAUCUCAUUCUGUUGGUGGCUUUGCCACUGGAUUCAGGAAACCUAAUCUAUGGAUCAUGGGUUUUCAACAAAGAGUGGUGUAGCAUUUACCACAUAAUCACUCGCUCUAUGUUCUUCACGAUCGCAUCCAUCCUUGUUCAGUACACCAAAGACUCGUUCCAACCCUUUGGUUUUCCAAAAGGAAGGUUUGGAUUGGGCACGAGCUGGAUGAUAGGAGUUAUCCCUUUUCUCCUUCUGUAUUUCACUACCUUAAAGGUUGAUAGUACCACUGGUGCAAUACGCUGCAUCCCAGCCGAAAAGAGUGUGUUUGCCAUGCCAGUGUGUAUUGCUUUAGAAAUGUUCUACAUUGCUGGUUUUCCUGUGUUGAGCAUGAUCUAUUACAAGAGCAAAAACCAAUUUCAAGAUGAUGAGAUCACCGCAAAUACAGUAGCUGGUAUUGAUGACUUUUGCAAGACUAAGUCACGUGACCUGAACUCCAAGUUGUCCGUGUUGCUUAUGAUCUGUUAUUUGCCAUGGAGGUUUGUGGUGAUAUUUGACAUGGAAUGGGCCUAUAAUUACUUACCCCUGCACGUGAUUAUAUUUGGCGUGUUGCCCUUGAUGUUGAGCUAUACUCUGACCAUUGCCUUCCCUUUGACGUGUGUAAUGGUUGAGAAGGGAAUAUUUGAACUUACUGCUUGCAAAAUCAGUGUAGCAAAGAAACCUAGGAAGGGAUCAAAUGAUCAGCUACAAAAGAAGGGGCUUAUUUAAUAUUCACGAGUAUCAUGCGUAGCAACUUUAUCUGUCUAGAGGAUUUUUUGUAGAUUACCAGUCACGCGAUGGCCUUAACAAUUUUAUUAUUUUCAUGUCUUGCCUCUGAAAGUAGCUAGGGACACCAACAGUAAUCUCCCAAGACCCCACACUUAAAACAAAGACCCCACACAUAACACAAAGAUCCCACACUUAAAACAAAGACUUCACACUUAAAACAAAGACCUCACACUUAAAACAAAGACCCCACACUUAAAACAAA